AUGAACCUGCAUGGCAAUAAUGUCUCUGAGUUGCUCUCCACUGCCAUCAGGGUAGUUACCAUAUUGCCAAUGGAGCCCAACCCCUGGCUCCCGCGUGCAUCUGAGGACACAACUCUCCAGAUUGUGGCCCGCAACGGAACAGUAAGCCUGGGGUGUCCGGGGGAUGACGCUUCGCUCCGUAGUGGCGUUGAGGCACAACUGGGGAACUGGUCUCAAAAUAACGUUGGCAUUGGUUAUGGUGAGGAUGAAUCCAGACUGUACGAUCCACAGUGUCCACUGGAAUCGAAGGCUACAGCGGUGGAAAAGAACUGGGCAGCAUUACUAAUUCUAGUGGUCAUCGCCGUCACCGUAAUGGGCAACAUCCUGGUCAUUUUGGCGGUUUCCCUGGAGAAAAAGCUCCAGAACGCCACCAACUACUUCCUGAUGUCCCUCGCCGUGGCUGACAUGCUCCUUGGCAUCCUGGUCAUGCCGGUUUCCAUGGUGACCAUUCUCUAUGAUUACUGGUGGCCCCUCCCCUCUGAGCUUUGCCCUAUCUGGAUCUACCUGGAUGUCUUGUUUUCCACGGCGUCCAUCAUGCACCUGUGUGCCAUCUCUCUGGACCGCUACAUUGCCAUCCGCAACCCCAUCCACCACAGCCGCUUCAACUCCCACACCAAGGCCCGCAUCAAGAUCAUGGCAGUGUGGACCAUAUCUGUGGGUAUUUCCAUGCCUAUCCCAGUAUUGGGCCUGAGGGACCACUCCAAGGUCUUCAAAAAUGGCAGUUGCCAACUGACAGACGACAGCUUCGUGCUGGUGGGCUCUUUUGUGGCCUUCUUCAUCCCCCUCACCAUCAUGGUUGUCACCUACUUCCUGACCAUCAACGCCCUUCAGAACGAGGCCACCCUCUGUUUGGACCAACUAGUUCCCAGGCCCAAGUGGAGCACAACACUAACAUUGGGGUUUCUACCCCAGCCCUCGCUGUCCUCCGAGAAACUCUGCAGACGGUCAAUAAGCCGGAAGGGAAGUGGUGGUGGGAGUGGGAGCCUGGGACGCAUUCGUGGGAGCGUUUCUGGGACGCUGUUCGGCCGGCGCACCAUGCAAUCGAUCAGCAAUGAACAGAAGGCCUCCAAGGUGCUCGGUGUGGUGUUUUUCCUUUUUGUGGUCAUGUGGUGUCCGUUUUUCAUCACCAAUGUCCUGGUGGUGGUGUGCAACCCCACGGCCUGCGACCCGGGUGUCAUGGGGGGACUCCUCAAUAUUUUUGUGUGGGUUGGGUACCUGUCCUCUGCGGUCAAUCCGCUGGUGUACACGCUGUUCAAUAAGACAUACCGAGCAGCAUUCUCACGCUACAUCCGUUGCCGUUACCAACCAGAGAAAAAACCUCUUCAGCUCAUACUGGUCAACACCAUCCCGCCAUUGGCCUACAACUCCACCCAGCUACCUCUGGCGGACAUUGGGGCAUUACGAAAUGGGGAGGCACACCCUAGUGUUGGAGCAAAAGAUUAUUCUUUACCCGGGCUGGUGAGGGAUAAGUCCCAGCUGGACAAGAGCCAGGGAGAUAAGGAUGAGAGCUGUGUGUGA